AUGGGGGCGGGAGGAUCCUGGCGCUGGGCCGUGGGCGCGGUCUGCGGGGGGCUGGUCUACUACCACUGCGCGGUGCGGCGGGCGAGCGCGGUGUCCCUCGCCGCCGACGUGCUCCUCGUCCUCCUCUGCUCCCUCUCCAUCCUCGGCCUUCUCUUCCGCCACCUACACAUCUCGGUGCCUGUGGAUCCUCUUGAGUGGCAGAUUUCUCAAGAGAUGGCAAAUAGCAUAGUUGCAUCCUUGGCUAACACAAUUGGAGCUGCGGAAUCUGUAUUGAGGGUGGCUGCGACUGGACACGACAAGAAACUCUUGUUCAAGGUGGUUUUUACUCUGUAUUUCCUAGCAGCUUUGGGAAGGGUUGUCUCAGGCGCUGCUAUUGCUUAUGCUGCUCUGUGCAUCUUCUCCCUCUACAUGUUCGUGCAAAGCACCGACCAGUUUGACCAGCUUCCUUGGGUUCCUUUAGGAAGAGACUCGCUGGGCGGCGCCCAGGAUACCACAUGA